AUAAGAGUAAAAAGAAAUAUGAAUCUGAUAUUGAAACACCAGAAAAUGAAAGUUUAUUUUGUUAUGCAGAAGAAGCUAAAAGAAUUGAAAAGGAGAUCAUUAAACAAGUAUAUGAAAGAGAGUUCUAUUUUCAGGAAAAUAAUAAACCAGAAAAAAUCAAAAAAGGAGUUUACAAUUUUGAAGAACUAGAAAAUAAUCAAGUUCAUGCCUUUACUAAAUUCAUGAAGAAUUAUGAGGAUCUAUUUGUUUGGGAACCUUAUAAAUUUGGACAAACCAAA